CCUAUGUUGGUCUUACAGAAGUGUAAAACUUUAAUUUUGAUACCUCUCGUGCGCUUUGUAGCUGCCGAGGGUCUUAGUGCCGGGUGGAAGCCAUCUUUCUGUCGAUUGUUCCUGCAUAUCGACUAGACCAACCGAAAUCUCAUUUCCUCCAUAAGAGGGCAGAGGUAUCCCAGACUCUUGAGCCCCAAAACGCAUCGUACUGUCUUGCACGGUUGCACCGAUCUCCGCGCGAUUGCCUUCCCCACGCGGAAUAUAGGUGGAUCUCGUCCCCGUUGCCAUGAACGGCUCCCGAUAAAGAUCGACAAGACCCAAGAAUUGAAAGGAGCGCGAUCUUGAUCGGACGGACUCGAGAUGACGAGUCCAAUUCACCAGACGUUCGAGGCCUUGGUUCCCCGGCAAUCGACGCCUACAUUCGAAUUCCCCCUCCAUACAAGAGGCCCUACGAAUGCGCCUCGCAUCCUCGCCAUUGUGGGCUUUUUGACAGGUCUAUCGGCCUUGUUGGUUGUGCUGCGCUACUACGUGCGAUUAUUCAUUCUGCGAAGAUUUGACAUUGAGGAUGGGAUCAUCCUUAUAGCCCAGGCAUGCGCUUUUGGUGUCCUUGGAUGCUUUAUUGGAGAGACACACCGUGGACUGGGCCAUUACAGCCGCGAUAUUGGUUUGGAGGAUUUGGGGCCAUUGUCCAAGUGGACAUUUUUCCAUGCAAUUGUCAUUGUGUUGGGGAUAAGCUCGGUCAAGAUAUCGCUCGCUUUCUUUUUGCUGCGAUUCGCAUCACAGAAUAAGUUUAUCAAAAGGUUCAUCAUCGGGGCGCUCGUUUUCCUCAUACUUUUCACGAUUGCCUGCAUUCUAACACUGAUAUUCCAAUGUAUACCUGUCAGUGCAGCGUGGGAUUAUACCCAAAAGGCUACAGCAACGUGUUAUUCAAGCAAAACCUACCUAGCUAUUGGCGAAUUCAACAGUGCUAUCAAUAUCGUUACCGACUUUGUUUUCGCAACUCUGCCGGUUUUCAUGUUCUAUAAUAUCCAGGUAAACAAGCGCACUAGAGCCUCCCUAAUGGGGAUUCUUAGUCUUGGAUACUUUGCAUGCGCCGCAGCUAUCGCCAAAACAGUUUACCAAAGUCGAGUGUUCGAGGAGCAAGACGGGUGGCGUGACCCUAAAUUUCUCAUAUGGAACUGCGUUGAGCUCAACGUUGGCAUCAUCGCCGCCUGUUUCCCCACGAUCAAACCCCUCGUCAAGUCUGUCAUCGGAAGCACUUGGAGUUUAGCCAGCAACUCCCGCUCGCGAAAGCGAACAAACAACGCUUACUACGGACAGUCAUCGAGCCAUGCAUUGGGCUCCAUAAGACGCAGCCGGUUAGAGCAUGAAGCGCAGAAGUACAAUGUGCAUAUCGAUGCUGUUCGAACAUCCUUCGAGGAGAACUUGGCGGCUCAUCCGUCUCAUCCCCGUCUUCAGCGUUUGUCGUCCUCGAGAAUACUGCGCACAACAGAAGUAAUCGUGCACUCUGAGGGGGGAAGCGAUGCGGUUGGGCUAGGUAUAGGGCCCAAGCGGUCAGUGGACGAUCGAGUAUAG